UUCAAUGCAGAUUUCGAACAAAAAGUAACAUUAAAUGCUUAAAAUAUAAUUGUGCGCAAAAUAUUAAAUGUAAAUAAGAGGCGUGCACACCAAAGAUAUGCAUACCUUCUAUAUAAGCCUGCCACGUUACUGCUACUUUUCUGUACGCAACUAUUAAUAAAUAACUGGAACUUUUCAAUACUAUUUAAAGUGUCAGCAGCGAUAGUUUAAUUGAUCCAAAAUGAAGAAACAAUAACAACAUCGCAUUUCGCAUCAACAAAAAAGAGCAACACCAAACAGUAGUCGGAGUAAAGCAACACGAAAUUCUCAGUCAUAAAUUAGUAAAAUCGAAUGUAAGGCAAAGAAGUACUUCAAAAUAAAGCUAAUCAACUGAGCAACAACAUAAUACAGAUUAUUGCAGCAACAACUAGCAACAAAAAAGGCAGAUAACACACUUGAAAAAGUCAAACAAAAAAAUUUAGUACCAAAAAAAACAGAAUCAAGCAAUUCAAAAACAUUAAAAAGGAAACAAAACGCAGAAAUAAACAAAACAAAUAAUAAAUAAUCAAAUGUGACUAAGCAAAAAAAUAAAAAAAACAUUGAAGCGGAGCAAUAGAAGGAAAAACAACAAGUCAACAAGUCUCAGUAUGAGAGACGUCGGCGCUGCCAAGCGAUUUGACUGAAGCCAAAACAACAGCGCUCGCUAUUAGCACGCAACAGUCGAACAAGUCCGGCCGUGCCAAAUAGUCACACAACACGGCAAGCGCUAGAGUGCGGGCAUACCACUUAAAUUUAGAAAAUAUUCGUGUCGUGUACAUAGUGCUACAAUUCAGUAUUCCGUUGAGUCGCGCUAAACACUUAGCCAACGGAGGUGCUCACCAAACUGGACUGAGCAAAAUAAAGUAGGUCAAUUGCUUGGACGCAGCAGCUAAGGAAUCUAUUGGAAUUGGUUUUGGAGAUUGCGCAGCCAACUGGUUGGGAAGUAAGACAUAAGCUGUGAAGUGGAGAACAGCUGCCCGCGUUAGCUCACCAAAGGCGAGUGAGUUGCGUAAGGAGGCGAAAAGUGGUCAGCAGUUUUAGAAGGAUUAGAUAUUUUCUAACGAAUAAUCGAUUAAGGAUACCAAAAAAAGCAAAAACAGAAGAAGAAAAUUAAGUACGCACCGCAAAGUUUUACAUUACUAAAAAGCAGUUUACAAUUACUAAAAAGCGCAGUUGCUUGCAAAUAAGCCGUCGUAGCUCGGAGAUUCAGCGAGUUAAAGUUGACGCUACAGGCUGGAUUGAUAAAAAUUUAAGUUAAGAGAAAUCAUUGAUUGACAGAUUAACCUUCUCAGAAGUUUCACAAUAUUGACACGCUUCAGAUUAAGCUAAUCUAUCAAUAGAAAACGAGUCUUUGAUCAAAUAAAAAAUUAACUUCAAGUACAUCUACAACUGACCAGAAAUUAACGAUAUCAACAAAGAAUAAAUACAUAAACAGCAAUUGUUGGAGGGCCAUACCGCCAAGGUACAACUCUACAGCCAAAAACCAAUGCUUGCAACGCCAACUUGGCAAACGUUAAAAAUUAAUCACUCCAUAGUAUACCAGCCAGGCUAUUGACGCACGCAACUACCUGCAGUUAAGCGCGCCUUCAACAGCUGAUCGUCAGCAACGCGCGAGAAAAUACGAGAAAAACUCGUCAUUAUAUUACAAGAAAUUUUGUGUUCAACCUGCGUGUAGCCGCCAAAAAAAACGUGAAUGAAAAAGUAAAUAGAAAAAAAUCGAAAAAUACGUUUCGUGUAAACGCCGAUUAUUUUGCAGGUUACAAAAUAAAUAACUGUGCGAACAAAAAACGAAACGCGCGCCAAGUUACAAAAUAAAGUAAUAACCAAAUGGUGUUAACACGUAAAAUUGCAACAAAAAAAGUUAAAAGUACUAAAAUAAGCAAAUCUUGUGAUUGUUAUUAAAAAUAAAAAUAACAAGAACUGUAACAAAAUAGCUAAAAUACGCUAAAAAUCGUUACAAACUUCAUGAACAUUUGCAGCUACUUCUUUGAAAGCGUGAAGUGAUUGGCAAUUGUUGCACAUUCUGCUAUUUUUUUUUUUUAUUUUUAUAUUUGUUUCUGUCUCUACUCUACCAAAAACGAAAAAGUGCGCGAUGUUGCCAUCAAGCAGUCUGCUGCACCGCUUGCUUGCCAAACACAACAACACACAAAAUGUUACCUGGCCGACAUUCCUCACUAUGUUACUGAUGCUCUUCGAUAUGCAGUUCAAGAGAGCGGAAGCACUCAAAGUGACGGCCAAGAUGAUAUCCAAUCACAAUUAUCCAGUUGAAGAACACACAGUGCACACACCAGAUGAUUACAUCCUCACAAUUUAUCGAAUACCCGAUUCACCAAAGCUGCGUGGCGCACCCAACUCAACCGCCAUUGCGCGCACCUCCAAACCGGUGGUCUUUCUCCAGCAUGGCAUCCUCUGUGCCUCCGACGAUUGGAUACUCAACGGUCCCGACACAUCGCUGGCGUACAUGUUCGCCGAUUCCGGUUACGAUGUGUGGCUCGGUAAUGCGCGUGGCAACACCUACUCACGCCAACACAAACACAAGCAUCCAGAUUCUUCAGAUUUCUGGAAUUUCAGCUGGCAUGAGAUCGGCGUCUACGAUUUGGCUUCAAUGUUGGAUUAUGUGCUAGUCGAGACAAAUGAUACGGCUGUGCAUUUUGUCGCCCAUUCACAAGGCACAACCACCUUCUUUGUGCUCAUGUCUACAUUGCCUUGGUAUAAUGACAAGGUGAAAACGGUGCAUUUGUUGGCGCCCAUCGCCUUUAUGCGCAAUCAUUCGUUCAUGCUAUCGAAAUUGGGUGGACUCUUUUUGGGUUACCCUUCGUUCUUAAGUUGGGUGCUAGGCGGCAUGGAACUGCUGCCAAUUACCAGUGUACAGAAGCUACUAUGUGAAUAUGUGUGCUCGGCGGAGUCCACGUUCCGGUUCCUGUGUUCGGGGAUUUUGGAUUUUCUCGGCGGUUGGGGUACGCGGCAUUUGAAUCAUACUCUGCUGCCCCACGUUUGUGAGACUCAUCCGGCCGGUGCCUCCACAACCCAAAUCAUUCACUACCUGCAACUGUACACUUCGGGUGAUUUCCGCCAAUACGACCAUGGCAUAGAGUUGAAUAAGAAAUAUUAUCAGCAAGAGACACCUCCUUCAUACAAUGUUCAUGAGAUCUCCAGUUGUGUAAAUAUGUUCUAUAGCGACAACGAUUACAUGUCCGCUGUCGAGGAUGUAGAAUAUUUGGCGACACUGUUGCCUUGCGUAGAACUCUACCGCAUACCCUAUGAAGACUGGAAUCAUUACGACUUUUUGUGGUCAAUCAACGUGAAAGAAGUGAUAAACGAUCGAAUUAUCGAUAAAAUAGCUAGGCAUGAAAUGGAGAAUUUGUGAAAUUGGAUUUUCAUUUUGUACAGGCUCGUAGUCAAAAUAUCAUAUAAUAUUUGGAGUUUUACUUUAAGUGCUGAAUGUAAAUAUUUUUAUUUUUAUUCUAAAACUAGCAUUUUAGUAUUAUUGCACUAUUUAAAGAAAGGAGAAUGAAAAACAAAACAAUAUUAUUUAAAAAAAAAAUUAUAAUAACAUUUAUGUAUGUACAUACAAUUGUACCUUCGAUAUGCUGUGAAACCAAAAAGAAAAAACAAAAACUUAACAAAAGAAUGGCGUUUUAUAUACGCAAAUACUCAAAGGUUUGUGAAUUUUUCGCUUAAGUAAUUAGACAAUAAUUUAACGUUUAUUAAAUAUUACAAAGUAAUAUAUCUAUAAAUAUAUAUAUGUGUGUGUGGACUGUAUGCACUGAUGUGCAAUAAAAAUUAGCUAUAAGUACCUACGCUGACUAAACGAAACGCUUUUUACGAGUAAAUAAUAAAUAAAAUAAACAAAAAAUUAAGUUUUGUUGAUUUAA